AUGGCCAUCACCAAACGAAUCGAGAAGGAGACGCAGAAGCUGAGGGAUGAUCCUCCCCCGGGCCUUUAUGCUGUCCCUGAUCCCAAGAACAGUCGUUACUUCCAUAUCGAGUUAGAGGGACCAGACGGCACCCCUUACGAGAAGGGUUAUUACAAAUUGGAGAUGUUUUUACCCGAGGGGUAUCCUAUGGAGCCCCCAAAGGUCCGUUUCCUAACGAAGAUAUAUCAUCCAAAUAUCGACAAAUUGGGUCGUAUAUGUUUGGAUAUUCUCAAGGAUAAAUGGUCCCCGGCACUUCAAAUGAGGACCGUCCUACUCUCCAUUCAAGCAUUGCUGUCCGCCCCUGAGCCCGAUGAUCCGCUUGAUCCCAGUGUAGCUGAGCAUUUCAAGCACAACAGGGCCGAAGCUGAUGCCAUAGCACGAAAUUGGAAUCAGAAGUAUGCCCUGCACGAGCCUCCCAAGACGAUGAUGCUCUAG